CUCCUGGGUCAAGAUGACUUCCUCAUCAACACCUCAUUCUGUGUUCACAGCCCUGCAGUGGAGAGAUUUAUUGCUUUUCUUUUAUGCAAUCAAGUCAGACUUCAAUUUGAACACGGGGAGGAACAGAUUGUGUGUGCAGCUGGCCCACAGGAGCAGUCAGCCCCGGACACUGGAAGGAGAACUGAGGCUUUCCUGACUCAAGUUGCUGCCUUCUGAUAGCUGAACAUUCUAGAAGUAACCUCUAAGGAGAGAAUGAAUUUGAAAAGAAUGCUGUUACUGGUUUUAUUUGUUUUUUCACUGAUGUUGGUUAAGCGUUAUUUCAGGAAUUGCCAUGUAGAAGAGCUUCAGCUCUCAGACUGGUUUCAACCUAGAAAACGCCCCGAUGUCAUAACCAAAACAGACUGGCUAGCUCCCGUCCUAUGGGAGGGGACUUUUGACAGGCGGGUUCUGGAAAAACAUUACAGACGGUGCAAUAUCACCGUGGGCCUGGCCGUCUUUGCUACUGGCAGGUUUGCAGAAGAGAACCUGAGGCCGUUCUUGCACUCCGCAAAUAAGUACUUCAUGACAGGUUACCGAGUGAUCUUCUACGUCAUGGUGGACAGCUUCUUCAAGCUGCCCCAGAUAGAGCCCAGUCAUCUUCGAACGUUCAAAGUGUUUAAAGUGAGCACCGGGAGUGGGCGGCCCGACGGCUCCCUGGAGCCCAUGAAGAGCCUGGGUGAACACAUCGUCAGUCACAUCCAGGGUGAGGUGGACUUUCUCUUCAGCAUGGCUGCCAACCAGGUCUUCCAGAGCGAGUUCGGGGUGGAGACCCUGGGCCCCAUGGUGGCCCAGCUCCACGCCUGGUGGUAUUUCAGGAACACCAAGAACCUCCCUUACGAGAGGAGGCCGGCCUCAGCAGCUUGCAUCCCAUUUGGACAGGGGGAUUUCUAUUAUGACAGCUUGAUGGUUGGUGGCACGCCUCAGAAUAUUUUAGAUUUCAUCGAAAAUUAUCUGAAUGGAGUUAUCCAUGACAACAAAAAUGGACUCCAUAGCACCUAUGAAAAGCACCUCAACAAAUAUUUUUACCUGAAUAAACCCUCCAUGCUAUUAUCACCAGAAUACAGCUGGGAUCUUGCAUUUUCUCCUCCUCCAGAGAUCCAGUACGUCAAGGUGGCACAUGCUUCCCACAGGAAAUUAUGAUUACGCCGUGAGGUUUAUGACGAACAAAUGAAUCGCAGCAAUUUCUUAUAAAUGUGAGACUUCUUAAAACCUUCCAUUUUUUAGAGACAUAAACAUUUACAUCCUUCCAAAAUAAAUGUUUCCUCUUGCCAUGUUGAGCCAUCUUAUUUGGCCAAUAUAGAAUAAAGAAUAAAAGGCUCAUUACUUAAUACACAGUAAUAUUAUUAUCUAUGUAUUGUAGAUAAUGCAGAAAUACUUUUGACAUAGAAUGAAUUUUUUUAAUUUAAAAAUAUUAAAAAUUUUAAUAUUUUUAACUCUAGUUUAGAAAAAAUAUUCACAAAAUGGAAAAGUCUUACAUGCAAAGGAAAAAAAUAAGUUCUAGGCCACUC